UUAAUACGAAAUCUAAACAAAUGGAUUAUACUGUAGAUUAUAGCGGGCGCACUUGCAAGUCUUUAGCUUGCCUAGUACUCCGUAAUUUCUUGAAUUGAACUGACCUUUUGCUACCUGUAGGAAGGAGUAAUGUUAAGUUUUGUGACCAUCAUCAUCAUAGCAGAAUAACAAAUAACAAUGGCUUCUUCUCCUUCUUCUUCGAAAAAGGAGGAUGUGGUGGUGGUGGUGGAGGAUAAAGAUGAAGUGGUCGAUUCUUUGUUCGAAGGGAUGGUCCUAUUUGACCCUUCUAAUCAUAUGCCAGAUCAUGAUGGUCAUCAUCACCACCAAGAACAACCACCACCACCACCGCCACCACCACCACCUAUGAUUUUCUCUCCUCCUCCUCCAGCCGAGGAUGAUGAUGAUCCAGUGUCGUUCACAUCUCAGCCCCUAGAUGAGAGCCUAUUCUCUGAUCUUACCCUCAUCACUCCUACUACUCCUAUUGAUGAUACUCCACAAACCCUAGUUGGAGUUGGAGUUGGAGUUGAAGUUGAUUCUUCUUCCGAUCCCUCCAUCAGUAUAACCCUUACCACUACAAGUACGACUAGAGAAGAAGAAAAACAACAAGAAGUUUCGCUCUCACCAUCAUCAUCAUUGUUAUCUCGGCAGUCCUCUUCUUCCACCUUAAGAAAGAAAAAGAGAGCUGGUUUGAGAAUCGGAUAUGGUAGACAAGAAGUUACUUCCCCAAUUCCCCAUCGUCAUCAUCAUACUUUGGAUGUCAGUUCUCAAUUUGUUGAAAACAAAUCAACUGAAGCUGCAGACAAACAAAAUGUAGAAGAAGAUGAUGAAGAAGAACCACCACCACCACCAACAGCAGUGGAGGAGGACUAUAAUUCCAAAGGCGUUACUGACUCUUCCAAUACUAACCCAGAUGAUAAUUCGAUGUCAAUUGCAGAGCCUUCUGUGGUUUUAUCCGAGGAUCUUGAGAAAGAAGAUGAACCAGCGAGCACUGGCGGUUCAAUUGAGUUGAAAUUCGAGAAAAUUAAGACCCAGAUCUCUGAGAAGCUCAAGCUUGCUCGGGAACUGGUGUCUUGUGUGACUGCAGCACGGAAGGAUUCCACCAGAAGGAGAAGGAAAGCUGCCGAGAAUGUAAUUCUGGCAUCAACCAAACACAGGGAACUGGAGAAGGAACUGGAGGAAGCCUGCGAGGCUGAAGAGUUCGAGACUGCUGAAAGGGUUAGUGAGAAUCUUGCAACUGCGGAGAAGGAAAAGGAACGCUUGGCGAUUGCAUUGCGAGAUGCAGAAGCCGAUUGUGAUGCUGUUGAUACCAAAAUGCAGGAGGUCCUGGAGCUACAAAUUGCAGCUGAGGAGGAGUGUGCAUCUUUGCUGGAAAUUUUUGCAAAAGAUGCUGCAAACAACGCAGAUUUGGUUUUUAAGGAUGCAGAAGUUGUUUCUUCAAAAGAAAUGGACAAAUGGCUUUUAACGACUGAAGCAUUAGAGGUCAAGAAGAUGGAACUGGAGAUUGAAUCACACUUAAUAAAUGAAGCACGAUUGGUGUUGAAUGAUUCAAUUGAACAUUCAGUCGAGGAUGAUAGGAGAGAAAGAGAACUUCUUUCUAAGAGAAAAGAAACAUUGACAGAGGAACUGGAGAAACUACUUGCUUUAGUGAAAGAGAAAGAAGCAGAAAUAGCAGAAAAUAAUUUCAACAUUGAAAUUGUUGAGAAAAGGAUUGCUGAUGCGGUAUCUGGUUUUCAGGACGUGCAGUCAAAUAUAAAUGCAAAGUAUGAUAAUCUGCAGUCAGGGCUUUGUCAGGUGGGGCUGGACAAUGAAGCUUUAGCUAGAAAAAAGAAGGAAAUUGAUGAAUUCAUGUCUCAGGAAGAAGACAGGGGAGCAAAUCUUAGAAAACUUGCCCAGAUCUCCGCAGAUGAAGCAAAGAUGUACCAAGAAGUUGUUGGGCUUCGAAAGAGUCUGGUGCUGUUUGUUUUGAAGUCCAGGGAAGAUAGAGCAAGGCUUGCCAAAACUGAGGAAAAUCUUUCAGACGACGUCCAGAUGCUCAGACAUGAUGUUACUGCUGCAAGAGCUUCUCUUCAGGAAUUAUCAUCAACAAAAUCAAGCAUCCAGCAAGAUAUUGAAUCCUUGAAGCAGAGACUUCUCUUCAUAGACAAAAGAGUCCCAGAACUGGAAGCAGAAAAGAAAGUUGCUGCUGCUGCUAGAAAUUUCAAGGAAGCUGCGCGAGUAGCUGCUGAAGCAAAGACAUUGAUUGUUGAAAAGGAAACUGUACAGAUUAAAAUGGAGAGGGCCAUAUUAGAGCUUGGGAAGCUUGAGGAAGAAAUUUGUGACACUGUUAACAGGCUGCAGGAAACUGAGGAACAGAUUUUGUCCAAGGAAAAAGAUGUUGCAAUGGCUAGAUUCCAGAGGUUACUUCUGAUUGCCGGUGCUGCAACAGCCGAAAGAUCAGCUGCUUUAGAAUUAGGUGACCUUGAGGAAGCUGACAUUCUACUUGCAGAGGCUGAAGCUGCAGACUCUGAAGCAAGAAAACUUCAGCCAGUUUACAAUUUCGUGGAGGAAGAGUUCGCAACUGUACCAAAACACUUCAUCUCCAUGGAACUUAUAUCCAAUCUUGGAGGGAAGCAGCUGGUUGAAUUGGCAGCAUCUGCUCAUAUUUCUGCAAUGUGAUAACUGCACAAGUGAGGCUAUUAAUUUUGGGAUGACCUAUUGAAGAACUUAUGGUCUCAAAAUUAAUUUUUGGAGCCUUUUGCACAGUGAAAUAGGUAUAUAGGAAAUAUUCGAGGUAUGGGGCUUUUAUUAAAGCAACAUACGUUGGAAGUGAAAGUAUUUGGAGGAUUGGAAUUUUCAUCCAUUUCCGUUCAAGUUUUGAAUCCUUUGAUUUUAGAGGAGUAUAUCUUGUACAUUACGAGUGAGAGCCAAUCUUGAUUUUGGAUAUUCAUUUUCUUUUCAUUUUUCAUGUUUUUUUUUUAUAUAUUUUUUUUUAUAUUUUUUUUUGUGGAUACCUGUGUCAUAUCACUUCGGUUGGGGGUUGUUUGGGGGAUAAGAUGAUUUUGGAUUAAUUGAUUUGUUACAUUUGUCACUGAAUAA